GAGAUUACGAGAUCGAGAAAAGUGAGAUCUUGGUAAAGCUGGAGCAGAAGGAAGGAGUGAUCGCCAAGAUGAAGACCCAGCAGAAGAGCUCCGACUCGGCCGCCGCCAAGGAAAAACGGCUGCUUAAACAGCAGUUAAAGGAGAAAGAAUUCGAGAUCAACAAACUCAACGAGAACUUGGAAAAGGCGGAGCGCAAACAGAAAGAGUACGAGGAUCUGAUCCAGCUGAAAGACGUUGAUGUUCGCAAAGCUGCGGAGGAAAAGGAAGGCAUGCUCAAAGCCAUGCGCGAGGCGUUCGAAGUGGCCUCCACCAAGAAGACCGAGUACGAGAACAAACUAGAGUCAGUGCGGAGAGAGAUGGAGGUGGAGCACGAACGCGAACUCGCGCGCGUACGCGAGAGUCACGUCACCCAAAUAUUGAUAUGGCGUGGAAACGCGAUACACGAGAAGGAUAAGGAAAGGAAAUUGGACAUAAAGGAAGAGUCAGUGCGGAGAGAAAUGCAGGCAGAGCACGAAUCCGAACUCGCGCGCGUACGCGAGAGCCACUCGCGUGAAAACGCGACACACGUGAAGAAUGAGGAAAGGAAAUUGGACACAGAGGAAGGGCAAGUGACAGUACCUCAGUCGCCAGGCGAAGACAAGAAGCUGGUCGUUCAGGUUGAGAAACUACCGUCGGAUGUGAAGACUAAAGUUCAGCCACUCAAGAAGACUGGAGAGAUGAAGACUGAAGGAAUUGAAGAGCCGGCAAGUACCGGGCCCAUGAGACGCCUCGCCCAGCGCAGACCUGCCAAGAACCGCACUUCAGACGAGUCCACCACUUCCGAGGAUAGCUCUACUCAGGAUCGCAUUGAGAUAGACGUUACUCCCAUCAUGGGACGUAGACGAACUCGCGCCGCCACAAAGGGCUCAAGAAAACGCCGAAGUAGCAGCGAGCUCUCCCUUGCCGAGAUCAAAGCGCAGUUGUCCGCCGCCAAGUGCCGUAGGAUGGAAACAGAUGACGAGACUCCUGGGUCUGUCUCCCGCUCUGUUCGAACCCGCUCCACCGCGGGUAGGACGAGCUCUGUGGUCAAAUCACGACCGAGUACAGCACGAAAAACAUCCACGCUCGUCACGCCUGGCAAGCCUCCCCUCCCUCUAACUCCCAAGAAUGAGAGCAGCACUUUAAGUCUUGCGGAGCACCAGUCCGCGAAGAAGAAGAAGAAAGGUUUCUUCGGCAAGCUUUUCGACUCCGCCGGUGACGAAAACUCCCCUCCCCGAGUUCCGCCAUCAGGGAAGAAGAAGAGAAAGCUUCUAAAGAAAGACAUAUCCGGUCCCAUGGACACAUUCUCCCCGACGCCCGUCAGAGGCUCAGUCAGCGAGGCGAGCAAAGAUGACCCUGCUAGACGAUUAAUCACUCGACAAUUGCGCUCAAGAAAAUAAUAAGAGAAAUCAGCAUAUAAGUGAGGUGUCCUUUUAUAAUUUACAAAAAAAGUCUGGAUUUUUUUAAUCGGAACUUUUCCAAACAAUCGUAAUAGCUAAUAAUAUAGUUGCAACUAUAACGCUAUUUGAAACCCACUACCAUCAAUUCACAGAAAAUGUCUGGAUCUUUUUGAUUGGGGCUUUUCCAAACAAUUUGAUAGCUGUUAAUAUAGUUACAACUAUAACGGGUAUUUGAAACCCACUAUCGUCAAUUAUUAUUUACUGCCAUAGAACUUGGACAUAUUCAAAUUUGGUCUGAUUGUUUAAGAUAGUGUUCUAUGGAAUACAUCUUCACCAGCGGAAAAUAAUAGAAAUCGCUAUUUUUAAAAAGAGGAAGGGGGGAGUUAGUUAGCAAACUAGAUUAUAUGUUGUUGUUGUUUGCAUAUUUGUAAGACAUUUGAAAUAUGUUUUCGUGAACCCAAAAGAAUGAGUUGUGUCAUUGGGGAACAAAAACAAGUUGUUAAUACGUUCCUUGUCACCGUGCUGAACUUUAUAGAAAAGAAACAUCGUUUAGAUAAAUCAGGAAUGUAUUGUAAAUACAAAGUUGAAAAUUGGAAAAUAAAUGUAGAGAAAUAUA